AUUUGAACUGUGUUUUGUUUUUUCUUGUUAAUCUGAGCUGGGUUUUUGUUUUCACAUCAUAAAGCAUCAAACUUUACAAUAAAUUUUAUAAAUUUCUAAACUUUUUUUAUAUUCAAGAAUGGAUGAUCGGAGCUACAUAGCAAACCAAAGAAUCCACGGCAUGUCCGACGUGGUAUUCGAGUGUGUAUUAGCAUACAUACACGACUCACGUGACCGGCAGUCAAUAUCUUUGGUCUGCCGGCGAUUAUACGAACUUGAAUCACUUACACGUAAGCACGUGACAAUAGCUUUAUGUUACACAGCUACACCUAAACAACUUUACCGGAGAUUCCCUUAUUUGGAAUCUAUAAAACUGAAAGGAAAGCCACGCGCCGCCAUGUAUAACUUGAUACCGGAAGACUGGGGUGGGUUUGCAACGCCGUGGGUGGAGGAGCUUGGGAAGUCAUUUAGUUGUUUAAAAGCGAUUCACUUUAGAAGAAUGAUUGUUAAAGAUGAAGAUCUUGAAUUAUUGGCGCGUGAGCGUGGUCAACUUCUUCAGAUUCUUAAACUUGAUAAGUGUUCUGGCUUCUCAACUGAUGGCCUUUUGCAUAUUUGUCGAUCUUCCAGGAACCUAAAAAUCUUGUUUUUAGAAGAGAGCCAAGUGAUAGAGAAGGAUGGAGACUGGCUACAUGAGCUUGCUAUGAACAAUACUGUACUCGAAGCGUUAAACUUCUACAUGACAGAUCUUUCACAAGUUAAUUUCAAAGAUCUCGAGCUAAUUGCUGUAAAAUGCAAAUCUUUACUAUCAGUUAAGAUAGGUGAUUGUGAAAUCUUGGACCUUGUUGAUUUUUUCCGCUCUGCUGUUUCCCUUGAAGAAUUUAGUGGUGGUUGCUUUAAUCAUCAAUCUGAACAGUAUGCUUCUUUGGCAUACCCCAAGAAGUUGUGCCGUUUAGGUCUUAAUUACAUGAGCACAAAUGAAAUGCCCAUUGUGUUUCCUUUCGCAUCGCGCCUGAAAAAAUUGGAUCUCCUUUAUGCACUCCUUGACACAGAGGAUCAUUGUCUCUUGCUCCAACGAUGUCCUAAUUUGGAAGUUCUUGAGACAAGAAAUGUGAUCGGAGACCGGGGAAUGGAAGUUCUAGCGCGUUGUUGCAAGAAAAUAAAAAGACUUAGAAUUGAACGAGGAGCUGAUGAACAAGAGAUGGAAGAUGAAGAAGGUGUUGUUUCUCAAAGAGGAUUGACUGCUAUAGCAGAAGGCUGUCUUGAUUUGGAGUACAUUGCUGUGUAUGUAUCUGAUAUCACAAAUGCAGCUCUAGAAUCAGUGGGAAUGAACUUGAAAAAUCUCUGUGAUUUCCGUAUGGUUUUACUGGAUAAAGAAGAGGUUAUUACAGACUUGCCACUUGAUAAUGGAAUCCGAUCUUUACUGAGUGGUUGCCAUAAACUUAGAAGAUUUGCACUCUAUCUUAGACCAGGAGGGCUAACUGAUGUGGGUUUGACUUAUAUUGGUCAACACAGCCAGAAUAUAAGAUGGAUGCUGCUGGGAUACCUUGGGGAGUCUGACACUGGGCUUCUAGGGUUCUCUAGAGGUUGCCCAAGCCUACAAAAACUUGAAGUAAGAGGGUGUUGUUUCAGUGAAAAUGCACUCGCUAUGGCGGUUCUACAGAUGAGGUCUCUAAGGUACUUAUGGGUACAAGGGUUUAGAGGGUCUAAAAGUGGUUUUGAUCUUUUGGCAAUGGCACGCCCGUUUUGGAAUAUUGAAAUAAUUUCCCCAAGAAAGGGUAAUGGUGAAGGUAGAGAGACAGACCAUCCUGCACAUAUACUUGCAUACUACUCUCUUGCUGGACCAAGAACCGAUUACCCCCCUUCUGUUAUCCCUCUCGACCACAUUGCUCAAUAAGGUGUACAUAUAUGUAUUAAAAAGGUCAACUUUUUUCUUGGAAACAUACAAACAGGCUGAGAUAAGUUCCAUGUUUCUUUUGUUCUUUUGUUUGUUGUAUCAUGUAGUUCUAUUGUUAUUGUUAAUAAUGUUUGGUAUUGGUUUCUUUUGUAAGUUUUGGAAUUACUGGCAUUAAAUAAUUUUGUUAUAUUGACAGUUGUACGAUUA